AUGAAUUUUUCAUAGGGAGUCUGCUAGAGUGGGUAUGGAAAAGACUUGGUUAUUUACAUUCCUUUCAAUGGAGAAAUCAAAGUAAAAGCUAUUAUAGUGAUAGGAGGGGAUGAAGGAACUGCUCCAAGCAAAAUGAAGUUAUAUAAAAACGUUAGUACUGUUGAUAUCAACAUAAUGGAGGAAAAGAAACCACUUCAGAUCAUUGAUAUGAAUGAAAAUAUGACAGGAGAACUUGAAUACCUGCUUAAUGUUUCACAGUUUAACAAUACUAGCAAUAUAGUUAUUGGUUUUGAUGAGAAUUUUGGGGCAAAGAACACAGUUGUGAAGUAUAUAGGGUUGAAAGGAGAGAAACUAAGAGAAAAAGUAAAAGUAGUGGAGACUGUGUAUGAAGUAAGAGCCAACUUAGCAGAUCACAAAACAGAAGACUAAUUUAUGGGCAAAAGUGACUUAGGCAUGUGA